AUGUCUUCCUCUGAACCGCAGAAGCACCUCCGCGCCGCAGCCAUUGGGGCCGGAAUGGCCGGGCUCGUUCUCGCUCUGUUUCUGCAGAAGCACAGCCCCGACAUGCAGAUCGACAUGUACGAAUCUGCCCAAGCACUGUUCGAGGUAGGCGCAGGCAUCGGCAUGUGA